AUGCAUCACCUACAGCAUGGACUAUGGAAAACAAACAUCGCCCUUCGCCGCCUGCGGGAUGCCAGCCUCGAGUGUACUCUUUCUAUCCAUUCGGGAGUCGAGCCAGAAUUGCUCCCAUCACCCACUUUCCCACUCGAUCCAUAUGCUUUCAUCACUUCAUCAACGGACUUCCCCAUUCGUCCCACUUAUGUAUUUUGUUGGAUCGUGCGCGUAACUCCGAUUCGGGAU